AUGGCUCAUAUAACAAACGGUCAUACGACCAAUAAAAUUAAUCGGAUACAAGAUGAUGAAAAAGAAUUAUUAUUUCAAUUGCGAGAAAUUUACGCGAGUGAUUACAGAAAAUACAGUGAACAUAUUAGACGAGAAUCAAAUAUACCAUUAUCAAUUAAAAAAAUUUAUAAAUUACUAGAUGAACGUAAAGCUUAUCGACGUAUUUCUGAUUAUUUUCAUCGAACGCGGAGAUCAACUAAAGCAAGAAGUUCACGAUGUAAAGAUCGCCAUAAAUCUUAUUAUCGUUCAUCAGCUCGUCAUAUCUCACCAGAAACUGAAUCAAUGUCUGUUAUACAAAGAAUUAAUCGCAUGGAUGAUGGUGAAGAUGAUGACGACGACGAUGAUGAUGAUAUUAGUAAUCAUCACCAUCAACAAUCAGAUAAUUCAAAUAUGUUAAAUGAUAGUGAUGAAAUAUCUGAUACUAUUCAUACAAGAAAUGUUUAUAAACAGCAGCAGCAGCAACAACAACAACAGCAACAAAUUCAACCAUCAUCGUCAUCAAUUAGUCCAAAACAUCAACAAUCAACUAUUACUUCUACUAGUUCAAAACCAAAUCUAUUAUCAAUUCGUGCAAAUAUUGAAAAAGCUUUACGCGAACUUGAUCGAGCGAUUAUAUCAAAAUCUGAUAGUAUCAUGGAAGUUUUUGAUAACGAACAACAACAACAACAGCAGCAAUCAUUAACUGAGAAAAUUAAUUACUUAUCGACUGGUCAUUCAAAUUUAGAUGAUAUUGUUCGCUCAUUAUCAACUGUCGUUAGUCAAGAACAAGAAAAUACUCGUUUACUUAUUCGGGAAUCAUCUUCUUUAUUAGAUGAUGAUAAUGAUCGAACUGAACAAAUCUUAACGCAACAAUCAAUUAGACAAGUUAUCGAACGAUUGAAUGCUCUUGUUGAUCGAGGUCAUUCAAUUUAUGAUCGUGUAGAAAGUAUUUUGUCAGAAUUUUGA